CUCGGGCCUUCACGUUCUGGCGCCAGGGACUGGACAGAAUGUGCGACUAUUCGGUGCCCAGUAGAUGGACAGCCCCUCCAUGUCUGGCCCUUGGCCAAGUAGGGACUUGGAAGCUACCCCUACGGCGUCCGCACCCCGAGCCCUGGCUCUUCUACCGGCCUGCAGAUACAAACCCCACUCCCUGCGAAGAUGGUGUACACGCAGCCGCGAUCACAGACCCGGAGCUGUCCACCCCUCUUGGGCGCCGUCGCGGUCUGGCCGCUGCCCUUCGAACCCAUGGUGGAUCCCAGGCAGCUGCCGGACCCCCCUACCCCAGAGUCCCACGCCUCCAGAGCCUUCCUCUCCCAGUGACCGCAGGAAGCCCAAGCAGGUGCCACGGCCACACACCUCGCGUCCCGAAGGGCAGAGACACGCACACUACCACCGCCUACCCACGUGCGAGUGCAGCUGAUUCACGCACGGGGCACAUGCUCUUUCUGGCAGGUUUUCCCUCUGUAGCUCAGGGGAUUCCACAUUGUAUUUAUUUGCACAUGUUAGAUAAUCACGUGAUUCUGUCCCAGGGGACCUCCAACGACCUCCAAUGAGGUAGGUGAAGGAAAUAGGAUUUUUCAAAAUCAGGAGAAUAAUCAGAAACAUAACAGCUGCUUCUAUUAAGAGGUAGAGAUGAGCUAAAGUUAAUAGAAACUGCACGUGCCAGCUGCCAAAAUCCAGUUCAGCUAGCUAGAAAACCCGACCCACGCUGCUUGCAGACGCCGGGUAUAGAAUGACAAACCCUAGGCAGCCAAUGAAUCGCAGCCUAGGAGCAGUACAUCACCAGCCUGGGUUCCCAUUGGCUGGGGUGCCCUUCCCUCUCUUGUCAGCGGCUUAACCGGUUCACAAAUUUGACCUACACAUUCACAGGAAAAGAAGUUAUAAGAAAAGUCCGUAUUUUUAAAAGAUGUUCUGAUGCACACACAAAACAAAGACUUCACUGUAGAAGGCAGGUUCUUAUACUGGCCAAAUUGAGUUCUGGCCAGUAAAAAAGGUAAAUUUAUGUUGAAGGCCUCUCUGUUUUACUUGAGGAGCUUACUACAGCAAUUUGCACCCUACUACUUUCUAUCUCCUAAACCAUUUUGUUGCCCCAACUCUUAGAUCAAAAGCAAACUAUUCAUUCUUUCUGGCAUUCAGCAAGCAUUUAGCUGCUUUUAAAGUUGUAAAAAGCCAUCUCCAAUUUUCUCAACAUGACUUUGGGGAAGGUUCUGUUUCCUUUACUUUCAGACCUAGAACCUAACAACAGGAUCAAAUAUAUAAUCGCCAGUCACUGGCAAACCAAAUCUUCAAGGAACGCAAAAAUUACUCAAUAUCUUUGGGGUUAGAAUUUCUUAGAAGAAGAUGAACAUGGAUCAUUUCCAGAUAUACAAAAUAAAAAUAAAAUUCACUAUGCAUUUGGUCUCAGUAUCAUCUGAGGAUACAUUUCCUAAUUCUCCACAUACCUCCCCACACCCCCCCAAAAAAGAAAUUAGAUCAAAGAUCUUUGAAACGCUACCUUCUUGGAAUCCUUAGUAGUCCAGACAAGUAACAGCAUGAGUAGCGUGCUGGUGGACUCAUUAACAUUCUGAACUAGAAAAGCUCAUGUGGCAACCAUUUGGAGCGCUCUUAAAAGACAAAUUUUCUUAUUCGUAAGCAGAAGUUGGGUCACUAGUGACAGUAGUGGACAGUAGAAAACUUGAAAAGCCUGCCUAUCUUUCUGCUUCCUUCCUUUAGGCUUCCACACCUUUCUUCUCUCUGUUCUGCACUUGGAGAAUCUGGGUCAAUUGUAGCAGAAGAGGGAGAGAAAUAGAAAAUAUGAACAGAAAGAUUUGCAAGGAGUCUACACAGUGUAUACAGUCUGCUGAUGAAGCGGCACCUUCCUACUACUUUUUAUUUCUGAAUACAGCUUGCUGGGACAUUUUGGUAUGAACUGGGAAACUCAUGGGUAAUAAGAUUAACAUUUUAAAAUUUGAAACAAAGAUAUGAAUAUUGUCUGAUUACCUAUGUUUAAUAUCAUCAUAUCCCCUUUUAUUAAACCUUCUGCUAAGGUGGGGGGACUAAUAGAAGGGAAAAAGAACAUUGAAAAAACAGGAUUGAAAGUUAUCUUCUGAACUGUAAGACUUUGCCAGGCCUCCUACACAUAUUUGGGAUGUUCAUAGUAAGAUUUUAGUGGGAAUAUAUUGCCAUGAUGAUAACAUUUUAGUAAUUUUUAUAGGUAUAUUAUAAAAUUAUCUUGCUCUGCUUUGGAAAUCUGUUUAUAUUUCAAUUAACAAAGAAAAAUAUUAUCUACAAGACUGGCUUUAAAGUCCUGAAUUUAGCGUGUGUUGAUAGCCUAGUAAUUGGGAGGCUUGGGGUGAGGACAGGGGUUGUAGAGUGGAGUCUAAAGUUCAGUCUGGUCAGCAAUACUUUCUUUCCCUUUCCUCCAUAAUUGUGACUUAAAAAAAAAAAGAUUUACAUUCCUGCUCCCAAAUUACUCUCCAGGAGAGUCACCCUUGAGGCAGACUUACCUGGAUCUCUCAAAAUAUAUGUCAGUAAUGUGAGUGACUCCCUCAGGAGGCUAGUAUUUGAGAAUACCCCUCACUAUCCUUUUACACUGAAGCCAGUCACUACUUGAGAGUUAGAAAGCCAACCAGAACAUAGGUUCAACAAUUCCUCCCUCACUACCUGUUUCGUAUUUUUUUCUCUCACACAUCCUCUUCAUUUGGUUUCUUCUCUUCUCAUUUCUCCUUCUCUCUCUUCUCUUUUUCUUCUCUUCUCUUUUUGCCUUCUUCGCCCUUCUCUUCCCCAUUCUUGUCUUCUCUCUUUUCAUUAGCUUAGUACAAAUUAUAGCUUCUGCCAUCCAUUUUGUCCCAGAGCAGAACAUGCGAGCAGACAGUGCCCCAAAUGAAUUUCAUUCAGGGAGAGGGUGUACCCCCUACCUCAGCCCUCCUUCCUCCCUCCCCUACAUCAUAAUGUGUUAUGAGAAACUUAGCUGCGUAGAGGAUUGUUACAGAAUGAAAAGGAUUAGAGAAUCCUGUCCUGUGUGACAUCACUGGGGCAGCUCCGUUAGGGUGGGGCAGAGGGGAGCAGCCACCAGUCUUAGGCUACCACUGUGGCUCAUCCUGGGGCCUGAGAGAAACCUAGGCAACUGUGAACACCACAGGCCAAGCCUUGGAUAGUCUUUAGGGUAGGCUUUUACUUCAAGAUAGCCGUAUAUGGCCACAGCCUUACAGUACUAGCGUGGAUCUUGUCAGAUAAGUUCAUCUGUUCAUCAGACAGCUAUUGUGCACCAAGCACUAUGUGGGACACUGGAGGUAGGUAAUGACAUCAAUGGGCAAGACCUGCCCACAAAGAGCCAACAUAAUAAUAAGAGGCAUAGACAAAUAAGUCAACAGAUAGACAGGAAAUUACAUACUGUGAUCCACGCUAUGAAGAAAAUAAAUAAGGAAACAGAUCAGGGAGAUGACUUGAGAUGGGUAUUCAGUGCAAACCUCUCUAAGAAGGCAGCAUUUGAGCUAAAGGAUGAGAAGGAGUCAGCUUCCUAAUCAGGGGAGAACUUUCCAGGUAGAGGGGUCAGCAUGGGCAAAGGGUCUGAUGUGGAAAAGAGCUUGGCAGAAAAGAGUUUUCUACAGCCCAAAGACAAGUUCAGCAAACUCAAGGCAAAUAGUUUAUAGUCAUUUAAGUUUCGAGAGUGUUUCAAUGUGGACAUUAGGGAUAUUUAAUUUAUAAUCAGGAAACCACAUUUUAUGGAGGGGUAUAAUCCAUAGCAAAUAACUUGGUGAGUUGAUCUGGUACAAAAAGCAAAGCAACUUUAAAAGAAAUAAAAAUUAAAAAUAGUCUGGGUGCAGUGGCUCACACCUGUAAUCCCAGGACUUUGGGAGGCCAAAGCAAGUGGAUCACUUGAGGCCAGGAGUUCAAGACCAGCCUGGCCAACAUGGGGAACCCCCGUCUCUACUGAAAAUACAAAAUUAGCCAGGCCUGGUGGUGCACACCUGUAAUCCCAGCUACUUGGGAGACUGAGGCAGGAGAAUCACAGGCAGGAGAAUCGCUGGAACUUGGGAGGUGGAGGUUGCAGUGGGCUGAGAUCACGCCCCUGGACCCCAGGCUGGGUGACAGAAAAAAAAGCACCUUUAUUCAACUAUUGAACUUGAGAAGCAUUCCAUAACCCCAGGGAAGACCUGUCAGACAAUCCAGCAGCAGCUAGAAAAGAGUGAAUUAUAAGCUUCAAAUAAAUAGUUUCCUCGCAA